GUUAAUUUGAUAUUAAUUGCUGAAUCUGUGAUUUUAUUCAUUAAGUGAUAUUAAUAAAUUGUAUAAAUUUAUCUGCAACUUCUUAUUUUACAUUGCACCCGUUUUUUAUUCGGACUUCUGGACGAAUUCGCAGAAUGCGAUUUCCUGGAUCAUGCAAGAGAGAAAGACACACAGUACGUUAUCUCCACAUCGCAUUUUUUCAUGCAGUUUCAUAGCGAUAAACAUUUCGAUCGAGGAACGAACGCCGAUCAGGAACGUUGGGAAAAAGUCACGCCGCUUAUCUCCGCAGCGAUUCGUGCGAGCGUGCUCGAUGCGGUGCGCACGCGUGUGCGUGUGAGUCAAGAAAUACGCGCGAGACGUGUUCAUCUCAUCAGUUGUGGCGCGGGCACUUGCAACGCACAGGUGUACCGCUCGGAAUAAGUGCUUGUCACGCAAGAAAACUCGGAAGCUCCAUACGAAGAGGCAACAAGAAAGAGAAAACAAAUCAAUAGAUCAGUCGCGAAAAGAAUCGGAUAAUCGCGGAUAAUAAUCGAAUAAUAAUAAUAGUAAUCGUUGACGUAACAUCCCCGUAUCGUUAUCGUCGACAUCGACGCGAAUCCUUGUGUAUUUUGUAUAAUAGAAACUGUGUAGAAACGUAUUGCAAACGAAAAUGCAAUUUGACGUAUCGUUUGACAAUCAGCUGUUUCACUUUGGAGUAAGAACGUUCGUUUUUGCGAUUGUCUGCAGCGGAUUCGUCGUGGGACAGGUCAGCACUCAGUAUCAUGGCAAUCCCGAUCACAUAGUCUUUCCUGGACCAAUCGGCUCCACAUCAAGAGCCCUUGAUAAUGAACAUGAACCCGCGAAGAGGUCCACGGCUAACAGCGAUACGUUGAUACCGCUCGAUUUAGCCAUUAGAUUAAAUUCCAUAGAAUCAUCGGACGAGUUUUUGCAGCUCCUUCAUGGUGUUCCACAAAAGGGAUCUACCUUAAGCAGUAGAUUCGGCGAAGGCGAGGAACGCUCAAACGCAGAGAGACCGACACCAGCUAAAUGUGUGCCCGAGUUGCAACCUGUCUCUUUAAAACUGGACGACGACGAUCCCUCGACGAUUAUCUUCCCGCCCUGCACACGGAUCAAAAGAUGCGGUGGAUGUUGCAGUAGCUCUCUGCUCUCAUGCCAGCCAACAGCCACGGAAGUUCGAAAUUUUGAGGUGCACGUGGCUUCGUUGGAACUAAAUUAUGCGGGUCGACGAAUCAUGCCGUUGGAGGAACAUACUAAGUGCAAGUGCGAUUGCAAAAUCAAGGAGGAGCAUUGCAACGACAAGCAACAUUACGAGCCGCAUAAUUGCAAAUGCGUCUGUGACAACAUCGACGAGGCGGAGAAGUGCCGAAAGAACAACGACACGAAGAUCUGGAACCCGGAUCUUUGUGUUUGUUCGUGCAGAACAAUCGAGCCAUGCAGCACUGGAUAUUACUUCAAUCACAACACGUGCAGAUGUGGACCGAUAAUGUUGUCUAGACCAGUAAACAGAUUUGUAUCCACAAAAGGUUCAAAUUACAAUUUCUCUAAUCGUCGGCCUGAAAACGUGCCCCCUGUGAUAAUUCCGUUGGACCCAUCAGAUCCUAGAAGAAAACAGAAGGAAGAUCCAGAAUACAAGUGACAAAGAAUUAGGACGGACGUACAGAUUACAAGACUGCUAAAAUGUAUCCACAGUCACUUUAUUAGUCUCUUUGUUACACAGACGGGACUUGUUAUCAAUUCGAUGCCUCGGAACUGGAAGAGCGAAUUAUUUUAUAUAUUAUUUUAUAAUUUCACUAGAUUAUCACAAUUUCAUCGCAAUAAAAAACAUGUUCUAUAAAUUUUCAGUAUUGGUGCGUUCGCAAUGUAUAAAAUAGUAUAAUGAAUUAGGUCUGUGACCUAGUAGUGUAAGAAAUAUUAUUACAUUUUAUUUGUGAUUCUAUUAUUAAGUUGUAGCAGAAUGACAUGGGCUUUACUAGUUCCAAGGUGUUAAACUAUUAUGUAUGUACUGUUGGAUAAAGAUCAAAGAAUAUUGUGAUAUAAUAAGAAAAGAAUUAUUCAUAAAAAUAUACACUCUUGUCAAUAUUA